AUGCCGGAGGGCUCCGUGCUGGGCUGGGGGAGUGGGGAAGGCCAGGGCCAGAUUCUGCAGCGCUUUCCCGAGAAGGACUGGGAGGACAACCCGUUCCCCCAGGGCAUUGAGCUGUUCUGUCAGCCCAGCGGGUGGCAGCUGUGUCCCGAGAGGAAUCCGCCAACCUUCUUUGUUGCUGUCCUCACUGAUAUCAACUCUGAGCGGCACUACUGCGCCUGCUUGACCUUCUGGGAGCCAGCGGAGCCCGCUCAGGAGGCAGCUUGCACCGAGGAAGCCGCAGAGAGGGAAGAGGCGGCAGACGAGGGAGGCCGGGCAUGCUUGUCACCCUCAGCGCUUGCCCCAUCUGCCCAGCUGUUUGCUCCAAAGACACUGGUGCUGGUGUCACGACUGGACCACACGGAGGUGUUCAGGAACAGCCUUGGUCUCAUCUACGCCAUCCACGUGGAGGGACUCAAUGUGUGCCUGGAGAAUGUGAUUGGGAACUUGCUGACAUGCACUGUGCCGUUGGCUGGUGGCUCACAGCUGGACUCUGUUGAGGAAGGAGCGAGAACCAUCUCUUUGGGGGCCGGUGACCGGCAGGUCAUCCAGACCCCGCUGGCCGACUCGCUGCCCGUCAGCCGCUGCAGUGUGGCCCUGCUCUUCCGCCAGCUGGGCAUUACCAACGUGCUGUCCUUGUUCUGUGCCGCCCUCACGGAGCACAAGGUCCUCUUCCUGUCCCGGAGCUACCAGCGGCUUGCAGAUGCCUGCAGGGGCCUCCUGGCACUGCUGUUCCCGCUCAGAUACAGCUUCACCUAUGUGCCCAUCCUGCCGGCCCAGCUGCUGGAAGUCCUCAGCACACCCACGCCCUUCGUCAUCGGGGUCAACGCGGCCUUCCAGGCAGAGACCCAAGAGCUGCUGGACGUGAUUAUUGCUGAUCUGGAUGGUGGGACGGUGACUGUCCCCGAGUGUGUGCACAUCCCACCCCUGCCGGAGCCGCUGCAGAGCCAGACGCACAGCAUUCUGAGCAUGGUCCUGGAUCCAGAGCUGGAGUUGGCUGAUCUUGCCUUCCCUCCACCCAUGACGUCCAGCCCCUCCCUGAAGAUGCAGGACAAGGAGCUGCGUGCCGUCUUCCUGCGGCUCUUUGCCCAGCUCCUGCAGGGCUACCGCUGGUGCCUGCAUAUCGUGCGCAUCCACCCGGAGCCCGUCAUCCGCUUCCACAAGGCAGCCUUCCUGGGCCAGCGUGGGCUGGUGGAGGAUGACUUCCUGAUGAAAGUGCUGGAGGGCAUGGCCUUUGCUGGCUUUGUGUCGGAGCGUGGUGUCCCCUACCGCUCCACAGACCUGUUUGAUGAGCUGGUGGCCCACGAGGUGGCGCGGAUGCGGGCAGAUGAGAACCACCCCCAGCGUGUCCUGCGUCAUGUCCAGGAACUGGCAGAGCAGCUCUACAAGAAUGAGAACCCAUACCCAGCUGUGGCGAUGCACAAAGUGCAGAGGCCCGGCGAGGCCAGUCACCUGAGACGGGUGCCCCGGCCCUUCCCUCGGCUGGAUGAGGGCACUGUGCAGUGGAUCGUGGACCAGGCUGCGGCCAAGAUGCAGGGCGCACCACCAGCAGUGAAGGCUGAGAGGAGGACCACGGUGCCCUCAGGGCCCCCCAUGACUGCCAUCCUGGAGCGGUCCAGUGGGCUGCAUAUCAACAGCGCCCGCCGGCUGGAGGUUGUGCGCAACUGCAUUUCUUAUGUGUUUGAGGGGAAGAUGCUUGAGGCCAAGAAGCUGCUCCCAGCCGUGCUGAGGGCCCUGAAGGGGCGAGCUGCUCGCCGCUGCCUCGCCCAAGAGCUGCACCUGCAUGUGCAGCAGAACCGUGCAGUCCUUGACCACCAGCAGUUUGACUUUGUGGUCCGUAUGAUGAACUGCUGCCUGCAGGACUGCACCUCCCUGGACGAGCAUGGCAUUGCAGCUGCUCUGUUGCCCCUGGUCACAGCCUUCUGCAGGAAGCUGAGCCCGGGGGUGACGCAGUUUGCAUACAGCUGUGUGCAAGAGCACGUGGUGUGGAGCACCCCGCAAUUCUGGGAGGCCAUGUUCUACGGGGACGUGCAGACCCACAUCCGGGCCCUCUACCUGGAGCCUGCUGAGGACCGGGACCCCAGCCAGGAAGCCGGGGAGGUGCCAUCCCAGGAGGACGAGCGCUCUGCCCUGGACGUGGCUUCCGAGCAGCGGCGCCUGUGGCCGACCCUGACCCGUGAGAAGCAGCAGGAGCUGGUGCAGAAGGAGGAGAGUACGGUGUUCAGCCAGGCCAUCCACUACGCCAACCGCAUGAGCUACCUCCUGUUGCCCCUGGACAGCAGCAAGAGCCGUCUGCUGCGGGAGCGUGCGGGUCUGGGGGACCUGGAGAGCGCCAGCAAUAGCCUGGUCACCAGCAGCAUGGCGGGCAGUGUGGCUGAGAGCUAUGAUACGGAGAGCGGCUUCGAGGAUGCAGAGACCUGCGACGUGGCUGGGGCCGUGGUCCGCUUCAUCAACCGCUUUGUGGAUAAGGUCUGCACCGAGAGUGGGGUCACCAGCGACCACCUCAAGGGGCUGCAUGUCAUGGUGCCAGACAUCGUCCAGAUGCACAUUGAGACCCUGGAGGCUGUGUACCGAGAGAGCAAGAGGCUGCCCCCCAUCCAGAAGCCCAAACUGCUGCGGCCGCGCCUGCUGCCUGGUGAGGAGUGUGUGCUGGAUGGCCUGCGUGUCUAUCUGCUGCCGGACGGGCGUGAGGAGGGCUCCGGGGGCUCCGUGGGGGGCCCCGCAUUGCUCCCGGCUGAGGGCGCUGUCUUCCUCACUACAUACCGGGUCAUCUUCACGGGCAUGCCCACCGACCCCCUGGUGGGGGAACAGGUGGUGGUCCGUUCCUUCCCGGUGGCGGCGCUGACCAAGGAGAAGCGCAUCAGCGUCCAGACCCCUGUGGACCAGUCCCUGCAGGAUGGGCUGCAGCUGCGCUCCUGCACGUUCCAGUUGCUGAAAAUGGCCUUCGACGAGGAAGUGGGGUCCGACAGUGCGGAGCUCUUCCGCAAGCAGCUGCACAAGCUACGGUACCCUCCAGAUGUCAGGGGCACCUUUGCUUUUACCCUGGGCUCUGCCCACACACCUGGCCGGCCGCCCCGGGCCACCAAGGACAAGGCUCCUUCUCUCAAAACCCUGUCCCGGAACCUGGUGAAGAACGCCAAGAAGACCAUUGUGCGGCAGCAUGUCACUCGGAAGAAGUACAACCCGCCCAGCUGGGAUCACCGGGGCCAGCUGCCCCCGGAGGACCAGGAGGACGAGAUCUCAGUGUCAGAAGAGCUGGAGCCCAGCACGCUGACCCCGGCCGCAGCCCUGAAGCCCUCAGACCGCAUGACCAUGAGCAGCCUGGUGGAGCGGGCAUGCUGCCGUGACUACCAGCGCCUGGGCCUUGGUACCCUGAGCAGCAGCCUGAGCCGGGCCAAGUCGGAGCUGUUCCGCGUCUCCCCAGUGAACCGCAUGUAUGCCAUCUGCCGCAGCUACCCGGGGCUGCUGAUUGUACCCCAGAGCGUCCAGGACAAUGCCCUUCAGCGCGUGUCCCGCUGUUACCGCCAGAAUCGCUUCCCUGUGGUCUGCUGGCGCAGCGGGCGUUCCAAGGCUGUGCUGCUGCGCUCUGGAGGCCUGCAUGGCAAGGGCGUUGUUGGCCUCUUCAAGGCCCAGAAUGCGCCUUCUCCAGGCCAGUCCCAGGCGGACUCAAGCAGCCUGGAGCAGGAGAAGUACCUGCAGGCCGUCGUCAGCGCCAUGCCCCGCUAUGCCGAUGCGUCAGGACGCAACACUCUCAGCGGCUUCUCCUCGGCCCACAUGGGCAGUCACGUGCCCAGCCCCAGAGCCAGGGUCACCACGCUGUCCAACCCCAUGGCGGCCUCGGCCUCUAGACGGACCGCGCACGGAGGAAAAUGGGUCAGUGUCCGGGCCAGUGGGCGCAGCGGUGGGCUUGGUGCUGACGUGGGCUCCCGGCUAGCUGGCAGAGAGGUGCUGGGCCCUCCCCAGGCCAACGGGGCCCCCCCGGACCCCAGCUUUCUUCGCCCCCAGCGUGCAGCCCUCUAUAUCAUUGGAGACAAAGCCCAGCUCAAGGGUGUGCGGCCAGACCCCCUGCAGCAGUGGGAGCUGGUGCCCAUCGAGGUGUUUGAGGCACGGCAGGUGAAGGCUAGUUUCAAGAAACUGCUGAAGGCGUGUGUCCCGGGCUGCCCCACUGCCGAGCCGGGCCUGGCCUCCUUUCUGCGCUCGCUGGAGGACUCAGAGUGGCUGAUCCAGAUCCACAGGCUGCUGCAGGUGUCGGUGCUGGUGGUGGAGCUCCUGGACUCGGGCUCUUCCGUCCUGGUGAGCCUGGAGGACGGCUGGGACAUCACCACCCAGGUGGUGUCUCUGGUGCAGCUGCUCUCCGAUCCCUUCUACCGCACCCUGGAGGGCUUCCGCCUGCUGGUGGAGAAGGAGUGGCUGUCCUUCGGCCACCGCUUCGGCCACCGCGGGGCCCACACCUUGGCUGGGCAGAGCAGCGGCUUCACGCCGGUCUUCCUGCAGUUCCUGGACUGCGUGCACCAGGUCCACUUGCAGUUCCCCAUGGAGUUUGAGUUCAGCCAGUUCUACCUCAAGUUCCUGGGCUACCACCACGUGUCCCGCCGCUUCCGGACCUUCCUGCUGGACUCGGACUACGAGCGCAUCGAGCUGGGCCUGCUGUACGAGGAGAAGGGCGAGCGCCGGGGCCAGCUGCCCUGCCGGUCCGUGUGGGAGUAUGUGGACCGGCUGAGCAAGAGGACGCCCAUGUUCUACAACUACGUGUACGCGCCCGAGGACACGGAGGUCCUGCGGCCCUAUAGCAACGUGUCCAACCUGAAGGUGUGGGACUUCUACACGGAGGAGACGCUGGCCGAGGGCCCCCCCUACGACUGGGAGUUGGCCCAGGGGCCCCCCGAGCCUCCGGAGGAUGAGCGGCCGGACGGAGGGGCUCCCCAGAGCAGGCGCCGCGUGGUGUGGCCCUGCUACGACAGCUGCCCCCGGGCCCAGCCUGAUGCCAUCUCACGCCUGUUGGAGGAGCUUCAGCGGCUGGAGACAGAGCUGGGGCGCCCUUCUGAGCGCUGGAAGGACACCUGGGACCGGGUGAAGGCUGCACAGCGCCUGGAAAGCCGGCCAGACGGACGUGGCACCCCCAGCUCCUUACUGGUGUCCAGCGUGCCCCACCACCGCCGCUCGCUGGGCGUGUACCUGCAGGAAGGGCCUGUGGGCUCCACCCUGAGCCUCAGCCUGGACAGCGACCAGAGUAGCGGCUCAACUGCGUCCGGCCCCCGCCAGGCUGCCCGCCGCAGCACCAGCACCCUGUACAGCCAGUUCCAGACGGCUGAGAGUGAGAACAGGUCCUACGAAGGCACUCUGUACAAGAAGGGAGCCUUCAUGAAGCCUUGGAAGGCCCGCUGGUUUGUGCUGGACAAGACCAAGCACCAGCUGCGCUACUACGACCACCGCGUGGACACGGACUGCAAGGGUGUCAUUGACCUGGCGGAGGUGGAGGCCGUGGCCCCCGGCACACCCACCAUGGGCGCCCCCAAGACCGUGGACGAGAAGGCCUUCUUUGAUGUGAAGACGACGCGCCGCGUUUACAACUUCUGUGCCCAGGACGUGCCCUCGGCCCAGCAGUGGGUGGACCGAAUCCAGAGCUGCCUGUCGGACGCCUGAGCCCGGCCCUCCCGGCUGUGCCGCUUCCAGUCGUUCCGGACCACUAGGGGUGGGCAGGCCGCCCCGGCCAUGUUUACAGCCCCGGCCCUCGACAGUAUUGAGGCCCUGAGCCCCAAGCACUUGUGUGUACAGCCCCGCCCCCGCCCCCGGCCGGCCGGCCCUAACUUAUUUUGGCGUCCCGGCUGAGCACCGUGCCGGGUGGCGGCCAUGGUACAGCCCGAGAGGGCCUGUAAAUAGUCCCGCCUCGUCAGUGUGUUGGCCCCGGCCGGCCGGCCGCAGGCGAACUGUUUCUAGAACCAGAGUCUAUAUAAAGAGAACUAACGACG